ACUAAAAUGUUUCUUUGGUCAUUGUCGCAGCUGAGGGUGUUAAAAAGCAUUGCGAGUGGACAGAAUCCAGUGUGAUAUGUUACGAAAUGAUUUUCGUCGCGUGAUACUGUCGUUUCAAAAUUCCCAGUCACCGUAUAGGCAUUUCUUAAUCCAUACGAUGAUCUGAUUCGGGCGUGAUUAAGUGUAGCAGUAUCGCUAAGAUCACGUUUCAGUUACAGGAUUGACAAAAUGUGGUGCUAAGUUGGUCUACUUGUGCAACUCCUUCGACUUCUAAAUCGUGCUGAAUUUCAGGCCAUUCUCCAGGUGUCGCGAUCUUCAUCACUUCCCCACUCUUAGAAUGGCCGCCCGUCAACAGAUUUGCGGCUUGUGUACGAAUUCUUCAGUUUUCGCGAGUGAAUAAACGGACGCUCAUUCAGCAGCAGCAAUUAGCCUGGGACAGCAAAAAUCGUGCAACAUUGGACUGCGGAAAAGCUCGUACUAAAAAUUCAAAAUGGAUGAUUUCUGUGGGUCACAGUUUUGGAACGACUCUCUGACGUGGUAUACAAAUGGCUCUACUCCAGAUGUAACCGUAUGCUUUCAAAACUCUGUCCUUGCUUGGAUCCCAUGUGUUCUCAUUUGGGUCCUCAGUCCCCUCGAAGCUUACUAUUUACUUACAUCACAGCGAAGCUACACCCCAUGGACGUGGCUAAAUUGCACGAAAAUUGUGACAACAAUGUUAUGCUUGCUCGUUUGUGUAGUCGAGUUCCUAUUUACAGGUGUACAGGGGUUUAUUAAUAACAAAAUCUUACCUGAUGUUUACUUCUAUACACCUUUCAUCAAAUCUGCAACUAUGUUCCUGGUCAUGGUGUUCACUCUAGCCGAAAAGCGCAAGGGAUUCCAGAGCUCAGGAAUAAUCUUUAACUUCUGGCUUGUGGCCUUUCUUUGCGGUCUCCUGACUUACAGAUCUCUAUUUCUACGCAACGUCUUUGGUUAUCGUUUUAACUUUCAGAUAAUUGAUAGUCCUGUGUUUGAUGAUCACAGCCACCUGCAAGAUGUUGUAUUUCAUUGCUACAUGAUCUACUAUCCACUGGUUGGGCUCAAUCUCGUUCUCAACUUCUUUUCUGAUGCUCCUCCCAUUCUCAAACGCAAAGUCAUACUUAAGAUUGAGCGUGAAAGUCCGGAAAAAGGAGCAUCCUUUCCAUCCCGGAUGCUGUUCUCCUGGUUCACGUCACUUGUUCUCAAAGGCUUCAAGCAGCCACUCGAAGUUGCGCAUCUUUGGGUACUUAAUCAACAAGACCGAUCAGUUAAUGUCGCACGGGAAUUUGACAAGAACUGGCAGAAAGAACUUCGCAGUAAAAAUUUUGAAACGGAGUCGACAAUUACGGCAACAUUUCCUCGUUCGUCGGGCUCGAUUGACAGCGGUUCGAAUGGACCUUUUUCUUCAAAUCAGGAUGGCGAAAUCACUUUUAAUUCGGCAAAAUCUAGGGCAGCCUAUAACAAUGCAGACAAUUCACGAAUGCCCAAUGUUGUUAAUGCUCUUGUACGAACUUACUGGCCGAUGCUUGUUCUGGGUGCCGGCAUGAAGCUUAUACAUGACAUUUUUCAAUUCGUACAGCCUCAGCUGUUAAUCUUGAUGAUCGGUUUUAUUGAAGACCCUAGUAUAGAGCUAUGGAAAGGCGUAUUAUUUGCUUCGCUGAUGUUUAUUACGGCCAGCUUACAAAGCAUAGCCUUGUCUGUCUACUUCCACCGAGUGUAUGUCGUCGGCAUGAGGAUGAGAACCGCAUUGAUCUCUGCCGUUUACAGGAAAUCUUUGGUUUUGUCUAACAGCGCGAGAAAAACAACGACAACAGGGGAGGUAAUCAACCUGAUGUCAAACGAUGCGCAGAAGUUUAUGGAAUUGAUGGUGUUUGUAAACAUGAUCUGGUCGGCGCCAUUGCAGAUAGCACUGGCGGUGUAUUUCCUCUGGCAAAUUCUUGGGCUUGCAGUGCUGUCUGGGUUAGCCGUUAUGGUUCUUAUGAUCCCAAUCAACGGCUGGCUAGCCAGCAUGCAAAAGAAACUUCAGACGGAUCAAAUGAAGUUUAAGGAUGACCGAAUAAGGUUAAUGAACGAAAUAUUCUCGGGCAUUAAAGUUUUAAAACUAUACGCUUGGGAACUUAGCUUUCAAGAUCUAGUAAAAUCAAUUCGCUGCAAGGAAAUUGCGAAACUCAAAGAAAUGGCUUAUCUAAAUGCGGGUCUCGGCUUCUUGUGGACAUGUGCGCCUUUUCUUGUAUCUCUAGCGUCUUUUCUAACGUACGUACUUCUGGAUAAGAAGAACGUUCUGGACCCGAAGAAAGCCUUCGUCUCGCUUACGUUAUUCCACAUUCUUCGAUUUCCUUUAAGUAUGUUGCCUCUCUUAAUUUCCAUGCUGAUUCAAGCAGCGGUAAGCGUUAAACGCAUUAACAAUUUUCUUAACUUAGAAGAGUUGGAUUUGUAUGUUGCUCGCUCUUCGUCUCGUACUUCUCCAGUUUCUAUCUCUGUAGAGAAGGGAACCUUUGCGUGGAGCAAUGCUGAAUGCGAGCAGCCAACAUUACAUGAUAUUACAUUGCGAGUAGGAAGAGGGAAGCUAGUGGCCAUUGUCGGACAGGUGGGCUGCGGAAAGAGUUCAUUAUUAAGUGCGAUUCUUGGAGAUAUGGAAAAAAUUGGGGGAGAAGUUGAGGUCCAUGGCAAGUUGGCUUAUGUUGCUCAGCAGACAUGGAUCCAGAAUACAACUGUACGAGAAAAUGUCUUAUUCAAUCGGCCCUUUGAAGCAAAGAGGUAUGAUGCUGUCAUUGAUGCCUGUGCCUUGCGAACUGAUCUUCAAAUUUUGCCUGGUGGUGAUGAAACUGAAAUAGGCGAGAAGGGAAUUAAUCUCUCCGGAGGGCAAAAACAACGAAUUUCAUUGGCGCGAGCGUGUUAUUCCGACGCAGAUGUUUUCCUCUUCGACGAUCCUCUCAGUGCCGUCGAUUCUCACGUUGGAAAGCACAUAUUCGAUAAGGUAAUAGGAAACUCAGGAUACCUGGCAGGACGCACACGGGUACUAGUUACCCAUGGUAUAUCAUUUCUGCCUCAUGUAGACCAUAUUGUGGUUUUGGGUGAUGGCCGCAUUCAAGAGGAGGGUACGUACAGAGAACUUUUGGCCAAAAAAGGCGUGUUUGCAGACGUACUAAUGCAGUUUAUUCAAGCAGGAGCUGGGAAAGAGGACUCGGUCGACGAAACCGAGGUGAACCUUAUGGAAGAUACAAUCAACGAGGUGCAGGGCGCUCCUCUCACGGAAGACGAAAUUAGUGAGGAAAAUCCGGAUUGUGUGACUGGGCUCCGGAAGCCAUCGCGUUGCGUUUCGCAAGACAAGUCAACUUCAAAUUCCCGAUUGUCUUUUGAAUCAUCUGGUCACUUUUCAAGGAGAGUUUCAAUUUCCCAAAGUUCUAAUGUCAAGGCAGGAGAGCAAUCGUCUGAAGUACAGCAGAAGUUAAUCCAAGCGGAAAUGAUGGAAACGGGCAAAGUUCAAUGGAGUGUCUAUUUGUCGUAUUUUGCGGCAAUGGGUUACAUAUGGGUAUUCACGAUCGUCCUGUUUAAUAUCCUUUCAAAUCUUUUCGCGCUGUUUUCCAAUAUUUGGCUAUCAGAGUGGUCCAACGAUCGACUGCUUGCAGAUGGCACUCAGGACAUACACAAGCGUAAUCAGCGUUUGAUUGUAUAUGGCCUUCUGGGCUUAGGCCAAGGACUAACGAUCCUCGUAGCCUCACUGGCGCUUGCCCUCGGCUCUCUAAACGGCGCAGAAAAGCUUCACUCGGCUUUACUAUAUAACGUGCUGCGAAGUCCGAUGAGCUUCUUUGAUACAAUGCCAAUCGGCCGUCUCGUUAAUAGGUUCUCCAAAGAUAUAGAUACUGUCGAUCUUGCCAUACCGCAAACCAUUCGUUCGUGGAUUAUGUGCUUUUUACAGGUGGUCGUCACGUUGGCAAUUAUCAGCUUCAACGCCCCGAUCUUCUUAGCCGUGAUAGUCCCAGUUGGCGCACUAUAUUAUGGCAUUCAAGUGAUCUAUAUCGAGAGCUCUCGUCAACUGAAACGUUUAGAGUCAAUAACACGUUCACCUAUUUUUUCACACUUUUCGGAGACCCUGGCAGGAAUCAACACCAUUCGAGCGUACCAGAAAGAAAACGUAUUCGUGCACGAAUCAAACAAUAGGGUCGAUAUUAAUAAUCAAUGCUACUACCCGUCUACUAUUUCCAACAGGUGGCUGGCGAUCCGUCUCGAAUUUUGCGGAAAUUUGAUCGUUUUGACUGCAGCCUUAUUUACGGUGUACUACCGGUCUUAUAUGGAUGGAGGUAAAGUUGGUUUGAUGCUGAGCUACGCUCUUUCAGUCACAGCUACCCUUAAUUGGAUGGUCAGGAUGAGCUCCGAAGUUGAAACUAGCAUUGUUUCAGUGGAGAGAAUUGUUGAAUACACGCACAGCGAUAACGAAGCGGAAUGGCGCAUCGAAGGUAAGAAACCUCCCUUCGACUGGCCUUCCCGAGGGAAAAUCGAUUUCCAAAAGUACGCGACAAGAUAUCGUAAUGGCCUCGAACUCGUUAUCAAGGAUAUAACUGCCGUUAUUGAACCCGGUGAAAAGGUGGGCAUCGUGGGACGCACCGGAGCAGGAAAAUCCACGCUUACCUUAGCUUUGUUCCGUCUUAUUGAACCAGCAAAGGGCCGUAUCCUUAUUGAUGAUUUGGAUAUCACUCAGAUGGGACUUCACGACUUGCGAGAAAAGCUGACCAUCAUACCUCAGGAUCCCGUGCUCUUCUCUGGCUCUAUGCGCAUGAAUCUUGACCCAUUCGAAAGGUAUUCCGACGCGGAUAUAUGGAAAGCCCUGGAACACUCCUCCCUUAAGGCGUUUGUGAGUUCUUUAGAAAAAGGUUUGGACCACGAGGUAGCAGAAGGUGGCGAAAAUCUUUCCGUGGGCCAACGCCAACUUAUGUGUCUCGCCCGCUCGCUCCUUCGGAAAAGUCGCAUACUUGUUUUAGAUGAAGCCACGGCCGCGGUAGAUUUCGAAACCGAUGAACUCAUGCAGAAGACCAUUCGAAUGGAGUUUCGGGAAUGCACGAUUUUAACUAUUGCUCAUCGCCUCAAUACAAUCAUGGAUUAUGACAGAAUCAUGGUGCUCGAUAAAGGAUAUAUCAGGGAGUUUGAUACGCCCGCAAAUUUAUUGAAGAAAAAAAACAGUAUAUUUUACUCAAUGGCGAAAGACGCCAACCUAGUCCAAACUAUAUACAACACGUGAAAUGGCAUUGACUUCAAACUGUAACUAUAUAAGGAUAGAUUAACUUUUUAAGAAACAUGUAAUCCUAUAUAUGACUUAUAUCGAUUAACUUCAAACUGUAACUAUUUAAUAAGAGAUUAACUUUUUAAGAAACAUGUAAUCCAAUAUCUGGCUUAUAUCGACUAUUACAGAACGUUAUUAAGUUUUUAUGUGAUUUCAUAUGGAACAUGAUAUAUAUGAAAAUGAACUGACGGUUGCAACUAGCGAUAUUUUUGGAAAUUAUUACUUUAUAUACGCUUCUUAAACUAUAUUCUCAACCGUCCACGAUAUCAUACAGUAAUUUUGUUUUUGCAUUUAACCUAUCCUUUAAAAUAUAUACAAUAAUAUAUAAUCUAUGUAUUUUUAUUAAA